UGACACUAUUUGGAAAAGAAUUCAAAUCUCUCCUGUCGAUAAAUGUCUUUCGCUGAUAUUGAACGCAAUCUCCGGACGCCACCAGUCUCUCCAAGCGAUCAUUAUGGCAAUAUUGACAAGGAUACUAUCUUCACAUCGACUUCAUCAGCUACGACAUCGAGCAAAAUGAAGGUGCAUCACUCUUCAGUAUUACCACCCAUUAAGCUUCCCAGCGGUUUUCCAAUCGUCGCUAGUGGAAGUAGUCGUGACAGUAUCGGUUUAAAUUUCGCAUCGCCACAGCAACUCCCAGUUAAGAGUCCGCAUACCCAGCCUCUUCAUCCACCCCCAGUUUCGCCUAAACGAAAGUCUAAUAAUCUUAUGACACAACACUCUCGAUUUCUGGAAGAUAAUACAAGGUUUGAUACUCCUCGGCCAAAUUUGACAUCGUCAGCAGCCAUAGCAGCGAGGAGUGAUAGUAAUAACUCUUCAGUGAGGACGCCAACAGCUACUACAGCGAUUACUCGGUCGCCACACACUGUCGCUACAUCGAUCACUCGUCCGAACAACAGGAUUUUGAAAGACCAUAGACCCAGCGAUAUGGACCGACGACAGAUGCUAUCGCCUCCAACUAGUCCAAUUCAGGCCUCCUUGCUUACAACUGCAAAUUCUCUCAACAACAACCAAUAUCAAGGGUUUACCAAGGUCGAUAAUCUUGAGCCAGCUAAUCUAAGGACAACUCAAAAGACAUCAAUUAACGAAAACAGUAACAGCACCGACAAUAACACAAAUAACGCGAGCGACACAAUCAUUAACAUAGAGUCUUUUCCAUCGUCAUCGUCAUCAAUCUUACCAUCCGCCAAUCCCACUACUAUUACGACUACCAAAACACCUAAACCAGCAACGUCAUCAACAUCGUCAUCUUUGUCAUACUAUUAUCCCAUCCCCACUUUAGCCUCGAUUGAAAGCCAGGACUAUGACUAUGAUAUGUUGGUUCGCCACGUGUCUCAACAAAUCUUCAAUAUUUCAUCCAAUAUUGCGGUGCUGGAGCGCUUAGUCCCAUGUAUAGGUCAGCGACACAAGGACACGAUAGAGAUGCGAUCCAGCCUGCAUGCAGGGUUGGAUUCGACUCAAGAGCUGGUCAAGUCUGCACAUAGCCAGAUCAAGAUUUUAGCUCGAUACCAUCAACCACCCAUGGCAGGUCCUCCAUCAACUGUUGGGAUCAGAGUGCAACCCACGGUCGCUCCCAGUGAAUUGUCAUCUUGGCAACGUAAAGUCUUGGCGAGCCGACGACAAACACACCAGCGGUUAACAAAAGACCUCAGUUUGGCUAGCCGAUCGUUCCAGGAACUUCAGAAACAAGCUGUGGAGGCCGAGCGGCAUCAAGUAACAACAUUGAGACGGCUUUCAGGUAGUGCCUCCUAUCGACGGUUAAGCCAACGUCGGUCAGAUCUCAUGGAUUUAUCGCAAGAGGAGAUUGAGGCUGGAGCUUUGUUAGAUAAAUCCCUGUCCUCUACGAGGCAUGGUAUUAGCAGUAGCAGCAGUGAUAGCGCCCGUAUUAGUCAUAACGUCGCGAGUGGAUACGGAAGUAUUGGCGUGACGCCUUAUACGAUCCACGACCGUGAGCUGUCUCUGCAGGAAGAAGCGCUCUUGCGAGAGAUCCUAGCGAUUGAUGGUGAGCUCGUCUUCCAGGAGAGUAUUCUUCAAGAGAGAGAGAUAGAGAUCCGAAAGAUUGAAGAGAGUAUGGGUGAAGUGAUGGAUGUGAUGAGAGAACUAGGCACAUUGGUUCACGAACAACGUAGUGAUGUUGAUUAUUUGCAUGAUAACAUCUUGCAGACACGUGGACGCAUCCAAUUAGCCCAACAGGAAGUCCUCAAGGCAAGCGAAUAUCAGCGUCAAUCCAGAGAGAAGCUCUGCUAUUUGAUCAUGAUUGUCAGUGUCGUUGGUGCUUUGGUCAUGUUGGCGUUCGUCAGCACAUGAAAAACUUUAUUAUAAUUUUCGCUAUAGUUAUCUGCUUUCUUUCCACCCUUUCUUAAGAAACAUGAUACAAGUCU